AUGGGGAGCCUAGAGACAGCCGGUGUUUGUUCUUUUUGCCUGACUCUUCCCAAGAAACCACUCCUUCUGCACACCUCCCUAAAUGUCGAGCCCUCCCUACCUUUCCUCACCUGCCAAGCCCAGUCCCCAGGACCUGCACCCACAGCCAGUCCCAAAAUCCACUCUGAGCUGUUAACAGCAACCAGAGAAGCUCAGAGACAUCAUCCUGUGCCCCGUGGUCAAGACCCAGUGACCUCAGAAUCAUUCUCGCUCUCCUUCUGCUUCUCAGCUGCCAUCUUCAUUUUUGAACUUCUAGGUUCAAACUCAGAAGGAGUCACAGAUCCUAGACUGUGGCUAUGCCAGCCAGCGCCCAGGUGCGGGGAGUGGACCUACAACCCCUUGGAGCAGUGCUGUGAUGACAGUGUCAUCCUAGACUUGAACCAGACCCGGCUCUGCGGCUCCAGCUGCACCUUCUGGCCCUGCUUCCAGCACUGCUGCCUGGAGUCUUUGGGCUCUCAGAACCAGACAGUUGUGAGGUUCAAGAUCCCAGGCAUGAAGCCAGAUUGCAAGUCCUCCCCUAUCACCAGGAUCUGUGCCCAGGAAUACCACGCAAAAAGCCCUGUGUCAAGAUCUGACCUCAUCUAGACUGUUCUGGGGUAGCAGAGUCACAGAUCACUCUAGAAUCUAAUACUUGGUAAUUAUACUGCAUUGAUUUUGUUGUUGUUGUUGUGACAGAGUUUCACUCUGUCCCCCAGGCUGGAGUGCAGUGGCGUGAUCUCAGCUCACUGCAACCUCUGCCUCCGGGUUCAAGCAAUUCUCCUGCCUCAGCCUCCUGAGUAGCUGGGAUUACAGGCAUGCAUCACCACACCUGGCUAAUUUUUGUAUUUUUAGUAGAAACGGGAUUUCACUGUUUGAUGUUUUUAACUAUAAAUAUUACUUAUUAAACUUCCCAUAAACUGAAAGCAGAAAACACAUGUGCUAUGGUUUGAAUGUAUCCCCAAAAGUUCAUGUAGUAGAAACUUAAUUUCCAAUCCAACAGUGUUGGGAGGUGAGACCCUUAAAAAGUGAUUAUGUCAUGAGGCCUCUGCCCUCAUACAUGGAUUAAUGUUGUUAUUGCAGGAGUGGGUUCCUUAUCACCAGAGUGACAUCCUUAUAAAGGAUGAGUUCAGACCCCUUUCCCCUCUCGUGUGCCUGGGCUCUCUUGUCUUUCUGCAUUCUGCCAUGGGGUGACACAGCAAGAAGACCCUUGCCAGAUGCGGACCCCUGGACCUUGGACUUCCCAGCCUCCAGAACCAUAAGAAAUAAAUCUCUGUUCUUUUUAAAUUAUCCAAUCCACUUCUGUUAUAGCAUCAGAAAAUGUACAAGACAACAUGUUUGUGGAAAUUGCACUGGCUUAUUUGUAGUUUUUUUUAAGCUACAAAACUAAGAACAAAUUUUAGUUUAUUGAAACUAAAUGACUGGCAAGAGAGGAAGAAUGAGCAGUUCCUAUGCCAUGAAGACCUUUGCCCUGGUCCUGCUGGUGGCCCUGCUGUGCAUGAAGAGAGCUCAGGGUCUGCACUGCUACAGGUGCUUGGCAGUCUCGGAAAGGAACUCCUGCCGUGUGGUCAUGGGCCUCUUCCAGGAGGGGAUCUGUGUCUCCCAGAAAGUGAGCACCCUUCAGGAGAUGAGGUCUUGCUUUGUUGGCAUUUAUCUUGCUUGGUGUUCUCUGAGCUUCCUGGAUUUGUGGUUUGGUGUCUGACAUUAAUUUGGGGAAAUUCUCAGUCAUUAUUGUUUCAAACAUUUCUUCCAUUCAUUUCUUUUUUUUUUUUCCUUCUGGUAUUGUUAUGGAAUCUUUGGGGUGUUGCUCUUUCUGGCUGGAAACCUCUGUGGCUGCUGGCACUUUUGCCUGAGUUCUUAUCCUGCAUCCAGGAAGAAAGGUACACAGACAAACGGAGGGUGAGCAAGACAAAGAGGAGCUUUGUUAAGUGAUAGAAUAGCUCAGAAGAGACCCACAGUGGGUAGCUCCUCUCUGUAGGCAGGUCAUCCUGUCAAGUGUUCAGCCCUCAGCAGAGAGGAGGCCCUGGAGAGGAGAGCUCCUAUCGGCAGCUGUUCAUCCUGUCAUCUUCCCAGCUCUCAGCAGAGAGGGUGGCUCCUCUUCUCAGCUGGUCAUUCAGUCAUCUCUCCAUCCUCUGCCCUCCUCUGGCUGAGCCCAUCAUUUUUAUGGACCUCAGAAGGGAGGAAGUGCAUACCAAUUGGUCCAUGGGUGACCACGGGCACCCAGAAAAGGAACCACAAGUCCCGGCUCCUGGCCUGUAAGUCUAGCAGCCCAGCCCCCAGCCAUGAGGCCCUCCCAGGCCUGAAGGUGAGGCCUUACCAGGGACGUGGCCUUUUCCACCCAGGAAUCUGUUUGCCUCCUGCUGCUGUUCAUGGCCCCCUGGGCUCAGCCCUAGCUUUGCUCCAAGAUUAUGGUAGGCGACAACAACAGGGAGAAGCCAGGCAGCGGAAGC